UAAAAUUUUUAUUUUUAGAAUAGAAGACUGUGAAACUGACAAAAGUGCGGCGCCAUAUUGCGUGCUUGUGUUUGGUUACUGUUCUGGCGCGUGGUCAAGAAUUGUUAUAUUUAAUUAAAUACCAUGUCCGAUAAUCAGGAACAAAAACCCGAAGCCGGCCCAGGUGACGCGAAUUCCGAAUACAUCAAGCUUAAAGUUGUUGGAAAUGACAGCAAUGAAAUUCACUUUAGGGUAAAGAUGACCACUCAAAUGGGUAAACUCAAGAAAUCGUACAGCGAUCGUGUGGGUGUUCCUAUGACGUCACUCAGGUUUUUGUUUGAUGGUAAAAGAAUUAAUGAUGAUGAAACACCAAAGCAGUUGGAAAUGGAAAAUGAUGAUGUUAUUGAAGUAUAUCAAGAACAGACAGGAGGUCACUACUGAAGAAAUUUAUUCAGUUUUAAUAUCUUCUAAAGUGAAAGUGACUAUCGUAAAGAAAUGGACAAGUUUAUCAGUAUAUGUAUAUGUAUGUUACAAAACAUGUAAUUUGGUUUUUUACGUAACAUUUUGAUGUGCUGUUCUACAUUCCUCUAAUAACGUGGCAAGUUUUAAAACUAUCAAGUCAGUUUCAUACAAUGUACAUGUUCAUCCAACAAAAGCAAAA